AUGAAGCCUAUACAAAAUGAACAAAUAGCUCAAGAAACUAAAGAACUCAAGGAAAUAACAAAUACAUAUAAGGAAGAACUUAAAGAAAAUAGAACAUAUAUAACAAACAAAAAAAUCUUAUUGGUAGAAAAAAAUGACAACAAUAUAGCAACACUUGUAGAACAAGACAACAAUAUUUUCAUAUACAAUGAAGAGGUUAUUGAAGGCAAUAUACUUAAUGAAAAAGUUUUUGAAAUUAGUAUAUGUUAUGAAGAUAACAACAAUACAACAAUUUGUAAUAAAGAGGUUUCUAAGACUAGUACAGAUAACAAAGACAAUAUGAAAACAACAACUUAA